AGGAUAUUUAGAAAGAAAAGAUAAAACAUAUGAAGUAAAAUUAACACCAAAAACAUGUCCUCAUUAUGCAGAGCCCUUCAUGUGCUGUGAAAUAUCAGAAGGGAUACCAAAUAAAAAAAAAUGUAAUACUCCAGAUCCAGUCAAAAUACUAAAGAGUGAAGAGAAAAAGGUGGAAAUAACAGAGAAAAUCGACAUCUAUUAUUUUGACCAUGGGAACUCUGCAUACUAUCGAACGACGGAUUCACCGCCGAUAUUAGCGACUGAAAAAUGCGCUGAAAAAACCGAUCAAGCAGCGACUCGUUUUUGGGCUGAGAUAUUUGGGACUAUUCAUAUCGGCACUGCUUUCGUCACAGCAUUUAUUCUACAAUUAGUUCGAUUUAUACUUUAUAGUAUAAUCAGACCACUGACAGUGGGCAUUUUGCAAUUGUUAGCGGACUACUUUAUAAAACCUCUAUUGUCGAUUGUGUUCAAUGCCCUCAUACAGCCUAUAUUGAUAUUGUUAUACAAUAUCGCGACGUCUUUCAAGGAUCUUUGUGAACCUAUUGCAGAAGCGAUAGGAUUGUUCCUACGAGAGAUUGCUCACUUGUGCGCAGCAAUUCGAAUCGUCGAAGUGAGACAAGGCACCGCUUCCUCGGUUGCUUGCACUUGAUGAACGGAUAGAAGAAAAAAAAUCGAUUCUAAACGACGAGAAAGGGAAUAUGCUUUGUUAAGAGAAUAAGAUGAUGAUAAAUUAUCUCGAUCACCAAUUCGAAAAGGCAUUGUCCCAGGAUACAAAUGAUGUGAACUGAAGAAGAUUCGGGAACAGCUCGGUGGCUGUUCAAAUUUCAACGAAUAUAACACAUGCCUUAACACCAGGUAUA